ACUAAUUAAAGGAAAAUUGGAAAUUCCGAUGUAGAAAUCGAAUCACAGUAUACAUCAGCCGUCCGGCGUCCACCUUCCUCAGUUCCCUCGUCCCAGCUCCUCGCCUCCCACCGCUUCCACUGCCAACUUUCCUUCCCAAAUUCACCUCUCACCCUCCAGAUUUCUUAGCAAUGGACUUCCCCGGCGGCCACAACCACCACCACCAGAGCCACCAUCGCCACAACGACGACUACAACAACGAUGACGAGCGGCGAUCAGCUAAUUUCUACCCACCGCCUGGAACCAACGCCUACCCUCCGCAGCCCGCUCCUUACGGUCACAACGAGUUUGGAGCGGGUCAACAUUACCCGGCUCCUCCCUCGGCUGCGGUUAACCGCCACGGCGAGGAGGCUUUCUACGAGGCGCCACCGCCACCGCCGAAACCCCAUCACGAGGAAACAACCCAUGUCUACCACAGUUCCCAUGAGUCCUCCCAUUCCCAUGGCGGAAUCGGGUAUGAUCCCACCCCCAACUAUCCUCCACCUGCCGCGACCCAUGAGUCCUCUUAUGGCGGAAUCGGGCACGCUCCUCCUCAGAACUUCCCGGCGCAAGUGACCCAUGUCUCUCACGGAGUCAUCGGCGGGUUGUCUCACCACUCCGCCGGCCCUGUCCCGGGGCUUGAUCUUACCAGCAAGCCUUCCUCUAAGGUUUACUGCAAGGGCAACCCUGAUUUCCACCUCACCAUUAGAGACGGCAAACUGAUGCUGGCUCGAUCCGAUCCUCGUGAUCCCUGCCAGAACUGGUUCAAGGAUGAGAAGUACAGCACAAGAGUGAAAGAUGCGGAAGGGUCUCCUUGCUUUUCUUUGGUUAAUAAGGGCACUGGGCAGGCCAUGAAGCAUUCCACUGGAGACUCUAACCCUGUGCAGCUGGUACCUUAUAAGCCCGAUGUUCUUGACCAGUCGGUCCUGUGGAGUCUGAGCAAGGACAUGGGUAGUGGUUUCAGAGCCAUGAGGAUGGUCAAUAACAUUCACCUGAAUGUCGAUGCUUUCCAUGGCGAUAAGCAGUCUGGUGGGGUCCGGGAUGGAACCACCAUCGUGCUGUGGCAGUGGAACCAGGGGGACAACCAGCUGUGGAAGAUCGUCCCACAGUGAUAUGAUAAACAUGUGAGAUGGAGGAGGUGUUCCUAUCAGCAAGCUAUGUAUGCAAUAAACACAUGUACUGCUUUGGCUCUGCGGAUUUCAGUUCAUUUUCUUUGACGCUUGAACUUUUCGUGAUGGUGUUUGAGUGUGUCAAGAUCAUUGUGUGGUACCUGGUGUGGUGAUGGCACAAUUUGGCUGGCAUAUUAUUUAGAACUUGUGUGGAUUAUAUUUCUCUCUUCUACUGAGUUGUCUUGAACGGUUUUCUUUUUCGGCAAGUGUUGUGUUAUGAAGCAGUUCCUUAAGUUUGCUCCCCGCAAAGCCUUGCCACACCAUUUAAAGUCAAUUUUUUUAGGGAGUGAUCCAUGCCCAACAAGCACAAUAGACUGCUUGGGAAUUUAGAAUGCCAACCGCUGGUCGGGAAUUUCGUUAUGGUGUUUAUUAGGAGUUGGCGCAAGGAUGUAUUACUGCCGAUUGAUCGCUCGUACUACGCUUUAUGAUCUUUUGAUCCAUGCUAUUGUGUGUAUGCAAUGAUUGUGAAAU